GCGCAUGCUCACUGUCACUCGACUGUGAACAGGCGAGAGAGGUCUUUGUUAAAGCGAACGGGAUGGAUGGUUUUCGGCAAAGUUGUCGUAGCUUGUCAACAUCAGCUUUAUAAAAAUAGACGCAGCUGCAGAUGGAUUCCAGAAAGCUAAAGACCUACAACUGGCAGUUCAGCAAUGAAAUUUAAAGGGUUGUUAUGCUGCUGACUUCCCUCUGUAUACAAACAAAACCGAGCCUGUAGUUCUUAAGGUCGUUCUCGGAGACAUUUGUUAUGCAUUUCCUCACUAUUAUUGGCAAGAGGUAAGGAUGCUACUUAAUUCCAUGGGAAAAUACCGGACCUUAAGGGGGAAAUAACUAAUUUCCCCUUAAGCUAACUAGCUAACAUGAAAAAAUACGAUCGUUUUGGCACAGAAAUGCUGUCAAUAGCUAACGUCCGAAAGGGAAAACUUUCUUGCUGUCUGGAGUUAAAUAACGGAGAGGAGUGGGUCACCCCUGAGAAGAUCCCGUCGUCCUGAUUUCAUACUUCAGUUAGGGAGGUGAAACCGAACAUCUGGAGCAAUGGAGACCGUUGGAAAAUUCGAGUUCAGCAGGAAAGACCUUGUUGGACACGGCGCUUUUGCAGUUGUGUUUAAAGGCAGACACCGAGAGAAACACGACUGGGAGGUUGCAGUAAAAUGCAUAAACAAGAAAAACCUGGCUAAAUCCCAGACGCUCUUGGGGAAAGAGAUUAAAAUAUUAAAGGAGCUGAAACACGAAAACAUCGUUGCCCUGCACGACUUCCAGGAAACGGCGAGCUCUGUGUACCUGGUCAUGGAGUACUGCAACGGGGGAGACCUGGCAGACUGUCUUCACUCCAAGGGCACGCUGAGCGAGGACACCAUCCGCGUCUUUCUGCACCAGAUCGCCGGCGCCAUGCGGGUCCUGCAGGCCAAGGGGGUGAUCCACCGAGACCUCAAACCACAGAACAUCCUGCUGUCCCACGCAGGGGGGCGCAAGGCCAGCCCCAGCAACACCUGCAUCAAGAUAGCUGACUUUGGGUUCGCGCGGUACCUACAGAGCAACAUGAUGGCUGCUACGCUGUGCGGCUCUCCUAUGUACAUGGCUCCUGAAGUCAUAAUGUCCCAGACCUACGAUGCCAAGGCGGACCUGUGGAGCAUAGGAACCAUUGUGUUCCAGUGUCUGACCGGGAAGGCCCCAUUUCAAGCCAGCAGCCCCCAGGACCUCCGGUUGUUCUAUGAGAAAAACAAGAACCUGAACCCGAACAUCCCUAGAGAGACGUCCAGCCACCUGAGGCAUCUUCUGCAGGGGCUUCUGCAGAGGAACCCGAGGGACCGCAUGGACUUCGAUGAGUUUUUCCAGCACCCCUUCCUCGAGCUGAAUUCACCCGUGAAGAAGUCGGCGCUCGCUCCCGUGCCCUCGUACCCGAGCUCAGGGUCGGCCAGCUCCUGCAGCAGCUCCUCCACGUCUCACCUGGCCUCCCCUCCGCUGUCGGUUGCCGAGUUACAGCAGCUCCGCCCCAAAGCCGCGCCCUCGCUGUCGCAGGAUUGCCCUGACUUCCUGCUGAAGGACUCCGCGGGCGGGAGCAGCAAGGACUCCUCCUGCGACACGGACGACUUCGUCAUAGUGCCCGCCCACCUCCCGGGUGAGCUCACCAGUGAGGUGCAUGAUGGGAAGAUUGUUCAGGACAGCUUGAUUUACUGUGGGAGCUCUCUGCUGGCCUCUGGUGGGCUGGGGAGUCAGCUGAAGACCCCGCCCCCGUCCCCCCCGUUCAGUGGCUCCCGUGGAGGAGCCAGCAGCAGGCCCAUGGAAUUCUCAGGCGGUAACCAUGGCAGCUAUGGUCAGUCAGCACCCAUUCCUGUCCCCACUCAAAUCCACAACUACCAGCGCAUGGAGCACAACCUGCAUUCCCCCAGGGGGGCGCCACCCGUCCGCAGGUGCAACACCGCGGGGGGCUCCCUGUGUUUCGGAAAGACCGGAGCUUCACCCCCCCAUCCGGGAGGCCAGGGGGCCGGUUCCCGCAGGCUGUCUGUCGGAGGCUCCAGGCCCCUCCCACCUUCCCCUCAGGCGCUGGCGGUCCGGGACACACAGCAGUCCCCCUCCAAGCAGGGCCUGGGCUCUCGGCUCCACAGCGCCCCCUGCCUGCUGGAGGCCAGCAGCAACUGCAGGCAGAAGAUACGCAAGCAGCACUCGGACCCCCUGGGGCAGGUCCGGCCCCUGCACCCCUCCCCCCGGCUGAAUGAGCUCAUGCACAGAAGCCCCCUCCCCACUAUUCUGGGGUCCCCCUCCAAGAUUAUGCCCCCCUUCGAGUUCCCCAAACCCCCCAGCUCCUCGAACCUGGUCACUUUGCUGGCGCACCAGGGACUGGUUCUGGCUCCAGCCUACGACAGGCCGGCCCCUGACCUCACUGGGCCUGCGCUGCCCCCUGGUGUCCAGCCUGGGUCUUGCUUCGGCCGAGCCGGGGAGGAGAGCAAAGGGCCGUUCGGCAGGUCUCUGAGCGCCGGCCGUCUCUCUGACCUGCUCCUGAAGGCUGCCUUCGGGCCGCCGCUGCUGGAGACGGACCGGAGCGAGAGCUCCACGCCCGAGGGGUCUGUGGAUGCCACAGCGCCCCCUGGUGGUGGUGGCAGUGAAGGCGGGAUGGUGCUCUGCUCAGGCAGUCCGGUCCACGCGGUCUUCACCGUAGGAUCUCCGCCUCAUGGAAGCACUCCGCCACAGACGGCACACGCCAGAAUGUUCUCUGUUGGCUCCUCCGGCUCCCUCAGUUCGGCCGGGUCCCUCAGCAGCCGGCAGACCCUCGCAGGCACGUGCGUGGAUGGCUACGAGGGUCCUUCCAGCCCUCGCCGUGGCUUCACGGACCCCGCGGCGGCCAGCCUGGAGGGAGCGGUCACCUUCGAGGCCCCCGAGCUUCCUGAGGAAACGCUGAUGGAGCAGGAGCAGUCGGAGACGCUGCGUAGUCUGCGCUUCACUCUGGCCUUCGCCCGCUGCGUGGCGGAGAUCGCCGGCGGCAAGGCCCACGAGGCGGAGGCCGGGCACCCCCCCGUCGCCCCCGCCCCCGCCCCCGUCCCGUCCCAGCCGCACAGCCUCGUGGCCGACCAGAUCAGCCUCCUCAGCCGCGACUGGAGCUAUGCAGAGCAGCUGGUUUUGUACAUGAAGACGGUGGAGCUGCUGUCGUCUGCGCUGCACACGGCCAUGACGCGCAUCAAACAGGGCACGCUCUACCCCUCCUCUACUGUCAAACAAGUGGUCAGGAGGCUGAAUGACCUGUACAAGUCCAGUGUGAAGUCGUGCCGUUGCCUGGGCGACCAGCUCCAGCCCUUUUUCCAGCACAAACAGCAGCUGAUGGACCGAAUCAACAGCAUCACUGCAGAGAAGCUUAUCUUCAGCCACACCAUACAGAUGGUGCAGUCGGCUGCGCUGGAUGAGAUGUUCCACCAGGGCGGCGCCUCGGUCCAGCAGUACCACAAAGCCCUGCUCCUGAUGGACGGCCUGUCGCUGCUCAUCACGGACCAGGCCGACGCCCUCAGCAUCACAAAGUGUAAGCAGUGUAUCGAGCGCCGCCUCUCGGCUCUUCAGUCCGGACCUUGGCCCUGAAGGCUGCGCUCGGCAUUCUGGGAUCACAGCCACCCUGUCAUGGCGGACCCCCCCCGUCCCCUCAUCCUUUCCUCCCUUGCUGCUGAAUAUGUAGGAAUUCUGCAAACCCUCUUCAGUCCCCGCCCCCUCCACCUUUGGAAGCCAUGUUGGUAGGGUCCGUUAUGCAGUGUUGCUGCACUUUUGGGGUCGCAGUUUCCGUCUUGCAGAAGAUAAUUUCUCCACUUCGGCUCAGCUCCACAGCGAACACGUGUCUGCAAAGUACUCAAUCAUAGCACCAAAGUGUGUGUAACUGUGUGUGUGUGUGUGUGUGUGUGUGUGUGUGUGUGUGUGCCUGUGUGUGUUACUCCCAGAGGACAGGAUAGCGUCUGUAUGAUGGGGUUGUGGGGGUGGCUAGUGCACUGAGGUUCUGGUUAACACAGGAGAAUGUUGCUGGAGUCGUUUUCGGUCGUGGUCGACGGGCCCGUUCCACCCCUCCAUAUUGAGACCCUGGCACUGUGCCUGAAGGAUCCCCGCUGGCCUCCCUCAUGUGUGAAGAGUCCUAGCGGUGAUUAGUAACGCUGCUGAACUUUCCCUCGCUCCUUUGAGUGCUGUUAUCCUGGAGCAGUUAUUACGCUGCAGAAUCAAAGAGGCAUGCCUUGCACUUUGGAGAGACAUUAACAGAUACCUAAAACAACUCACCUGAGGUAAGCCCCAGCCGCAAAACGAGCCCUAAAUUUGUUUUGGUUUCUAGAGAAACCAAUAAGCCCUUAUUGCAUGUUCACAUCAAGUCUUUUACCAGGUUUUUUUUUGGCCAUUCUACCUGUAACUUUGACUUCACAAUUCAGGGCGGUCAGAGAAAGAGGUCAUCGAUACAAAAGCUGUCACCUGGUUUUCCUCGUUCCAGAGUUCGGCCGGUUCGAACGAAGGAGCGCUUCUGGCCGCUUCACGGUCGGUUUAGCUGAUGGAGUGGAGCAGGUCGACCACAAACCUGAAUCACAAACCUGAACCACAAACGUGAAUCACAAACCUGAACCACAAACCUGAACCACAAACCUGAAUCACAAACCUGAACCACAAACCUGAAUCACAAACCUGAACCACAAACCUGAAUCACAAACCUGAACCACAAACCUGAACCACAAACCUGAAUCACAAACCUGAAUCACAAACCUGAACCACAAACCUGAAUCACAAACCUGAAUCACAAACCUGAACCACAAACCUGAAUCACAAACCUGAAUCGUUGCCGUCGCUCGACGCUGACCCGGGGCGAACCAACAAUCCGGCGUGUCUUUUGGGUCAGGACGACCGCGUACCCCACCUCGCUGGGGUGCGGUUGUGGACCUGGUCGGUCCAUCGCCGUCACCCCACAAUCAUUGCGUGCAGGGGAACAGCAAAGCUUGUGACGGGGAGGGGUUUGGAAUCCCGCUGUGACCCCGCCCCCAAUCCGCACCCCCUUGGCGUCACUCCUCUGUGUCCCCGUUAAAUGUCAUUACAGGAAGUAAACGAAGGAAGAGAGCGUUCCGGUUCAUUCCGUCUUCCUUGGGGGACACAGGAAGUGCCGUUGGCUUCUCACUCGGGCUCAGGCUGUGGCGUUUUCUACCCAAUAAAAGCAGCCUCCUUUCUCCCCCGCCCUCUAUGCACGUUAGAGACCCCCGUCCCUUGCAGAACUCCCGCUUGUCGGACGUAGCGUUGCGCCUGGAUCUCGCUGCUGAGUGUUUAUUGCGCCGCAGUCUGACCCAUCAGUACUGCUGGUGAGCAUUGGCCCAACGCAGAGGAACCAGUGGGCCCACACACACAGAUACGUUGUUCCCACGUGUUCCUUUUUCAGUGUGUGUGGAGAUUUCACAGAUAGAUAAUAAGUGUAAUAGAGUAGAGUAAUUCUUACUAGUUUUAGCGUGGCUCCUGCUGAGUGUGUUUUUGUUUUGUUUUUUUGGCUGGUUCCUCAUGUGGUAUGUGCAUUUAAACUGACAAAAAAAGUGUUGAAGCUAUACAAAAGAUGAGAAAAAUGUGCCUUUGAGAUAAAAAAAAAAAACAAAAACAAAAUACAUGCACAGUACUGCAAAUAGCAUUGUACUGUGGUUCAUGUCCAUUUUUGCUGUUUAUUAAGUAGCCAAAAUGGGAUGGAAAAUCAUUGUGUUUUUGUUUGGCUUCUUUUUUAAAUGACAAGCGGUGGAGUGUGUGGUUGUGCAGAUGUGCUUUUGAGUGUGUGGUUUGAGUUAGGUAAUGGUAAUGUUUGUGGAGGAAUGGCUGGGGGGGAAGAGGAAAAUUGAGGAAAGAGGAAGACUGAGGAUGAGAGCUUGAAAUUCUAAAAGCUCAUCCCUCUUCUGAGCAUGUAAGCGCAAUAAUGACUUCUACACACACACAGGAAUGCAAAAAACAUUUUACUGUUGACCAGAACAAUAUAAAUGUACAUAAUACUCCAAAGGUUUGCCACUUUCGCUCUACCCAUAUCUCUGUAUGACACUUUCUCUCACUCUAGAUUUUAGAGUGAGAAAGUUUCAUAUAUAUUUUACAUUAAUGUUCCUCUCACUUGUAAAUAAGGAUUGUAAAUUUAUAUUUAUUAUUUCAUUCAUGGAAUGCAUGAAGUAGCUUGUUCCUUUUCUUACUCUUGUUGCUAUGCAGUUUUGUUGCUAAGCAGUUGUAAUAUAUUACUAAUUGUGUAUAAACACAAAAACUCACGUAUGUUACUUUCCAAAGUAUGUAAUGUACCGUUAUUUGCUUUGAAAGAUGCAAAACAAAUAAAGAUCUGCGAGUUGAA